GAUGUACGAUUUCUUUCGGUUAAUUUAUUGGGAACCAGUCCGUCAUUGCAGUGACCGGCUGACAAGAUGUGGAAAUCUAGUGCAAGAGCUGUCACCUCGAGACUAAGGUGUCAUGCUGCGACAACCAGUUUACAUCAAAAUGGAGGUGUCUCUUGUUCAAGACCAACAGCUCUUUACAUAUUGGAAAAAUCCGCCUUACAAAACAGUUUUAUGAUAGGGCCAUAUCGAUGCAUAUCUGUCGGCCCACAGCUCUUGAAGGAAGAAAACCAGCAAAGCAACACACCGCCAUAUUACCCACCCCCAGAAAAAAAGGGAAGCAAGCUUAGAAGUCUUAUUAAUGUACUGUUUGGAGCCACGCUGGUUGUGUUGGGAGUGAAGGCGUACACCACUUACGUUCCAGAGGAAGGAGAAAAGAUUAAGAAAUACCUUGAUGAGCAAAUGCCUGAAAGCGUCAUGAAAGGCCUCGUGUACAUCUUCCCAGAUAGUCCUAGCAUACCUGCUCCUGUCAUCUCAGGGGACGAGACUAGGCAGAAUUUCCCUAAACAUUCGGGUAGAGACGAGCAUGGUAAUCUCCUGCCGAAGUUGAGAAUGUCAUCUUCAGACACUCCUGCCUUGCCUUCCUCUUCACAAUAUGAGCAAAAGGAGAAAACAGAAGAGGAUCUUAAGGUUGAACAAAAACUUAGAGAGAAAGCAGAGAUUCAGCAGAAGGUAGCAGAAAAAGAGGCUAAAAUCGGUGCCCAAAACGCCGGCCUGGAGUUAUCUUUGACGAAUGUGAUGGAGGCUUGUGAGCUAUUGUGUACGAGGGCGAUGGAGAGCCAACAGAAUCUGGUGGAGGCGACGCGUAAACAUAUGACACUGAUGAAGACAGCAAUGGAGGAUAGUAGUAAUGUUCAGGAGAAGAACAUACAGUGGCAGAACGUGGCCAUAGCGUUUGAUGAGCGAGAGGACAUAGCCCAACUGCUGGAGGAUGACCUGUACAAUGCAAGAGACAUGUUGGAGAAACUACGGCACACAAUAGCAGAGGGGAGGAACAAAGCAGAAACCAAGAAGAAUGCUGCACUCAACAAGGCUAAUGAAUCCCUCAAUAAACUCAACAAUGAGCUCAACAAGAAACAGAAUGAGGUUGAUCGAGUGGCGGCAGAAUAUCGAGUGAUGAUGAAGUUCAAGGAUCUCGUUGAAAAGGGAAAGGAACAAUUUAAACGUGAAGUGGAGUCCCUCAUGCCUGAGCUUAGUGCCAAAAUGGGCAAAGGGCACAAACUGACAGAAGAAGAGCUGAAUGUGCUGAUAGCCCACGCCCACCGCAGAAUAGAACAGCUACAACGCCAACUAGCCCAAUAUGAAGCCUCACAAAAUCAGAGGCUCCAGCAGUCGUUGUCCGAUCAGCGAGAUGAGGAUGAACUGAUCACCCAGGCCCGCGUGAAACAGGAACGCGAAAAAAUGCUGCAGGAAUUUGAACUUAUGAAACAGAGAUGGGAAUCCGAAGCCAAGGUUGAGUUUGAGAUUGAGCUACGUCGUGAGCUUGCACGUCAAACAGGGGCCCACAGCGAACAUCUGCAGAAGGUGUUGACUUUACAAGAAGACCAGCUUGUCAAGGACUUUGAGCGAGAAUUACACAUGCGUCUUAUUGAGGAGAGACAGAGGUUUGAGGGAGAGCUGUCUGGAUGGACCGCAAGACUCAGGGGCAUUGAAUCUGCUGUGGCUGCCCGCGCUGCAUCUGAAGCCCAGGCUAAGGAAGCCCAAGACCUCUGGCUAGCAACAGUGGCGCUGAACGGCAGCAUCAAUUAUGGUAAUGAAGAUGGUAAAAGUUGGGAUGAACAACUCAAACCACUAGAGAAAGACGUAGAUACCAUCUUCCUUGCGGCAAAGAAUAACCCCUUUGUCAGCAGGGUGCUUGAGUCAGUACCAGAAAAAGCCCUUAAACGAGGGGUGUACACAGAAGAAAAUCUUCGGGAGAGGUUUAGGAAAGUAAGCAAAGUGGCGAGGCGUGUUGCAUUGAUUGACGAGACCGGUGGCUCAUUGGUUAAGUUCUUUAUGUCAUACCUACAGUUGUUUUUCGUUGUUUCUUCUGUGUACGCAACUACAGAGUCAGAUGAGAUUGACUUAGCCGAAAUGGAUGCUUUCCAGCUAUGUGGUCAUGCAAAGUACUGGCUGGAUCGGGGUGAUCUUGAACAGGCUCUUAAGUUUAUGAACCAGCUUACUGGCGAGCCCCGAAGGGUAGCAGCAGACUGGAUAGAUGAAGCCCGCCUACUGCUGGAAACGAGAAUGGCUGCCCAUGCAUUGAUGGCUUUCGCUUCAUCCUCUGGGCUGGGAACCAUCUUUUAGGAAUUAAUAAUAAUAAAAAAAUAUAAUAAUUUUAUGUUUACAUUUCUAUGUAAACUAUUGGUGCAAUGUGUCCUGUUCAAUGCCUGAAUUUGUAGAAGUUUGGUGUUGUGUUCAAUUCUUGGUGAUUGUUAAAUAUCUGUGCAUGUUUAGGAUAUAACAAAAAUUGAUAGAAUGGUGCGUUGCAUUACUGUUCAAUGUGUGACUUUGCAUGAGAAGUCAUCAAGUUAUAGCAAAGUUUUGUUGAAAAAUGGAUAAUUCCUAUUAAAUAUACAUGUAUGUUGGAAUUAAGAUUUUCAAACAAAUAAUGUCUACGUAAGAUAAUGAUGCAAUUUUUGAAAGAUUUCUUUUGUAUGCAAAAUUUUGUUUUGGACUCGACACUUGUUGAUGUCCAAUUAUGCUUGAAAUCAGCUGUAAUGAAAUGACAAAGCCUAGAUUGAUGCAACGUGAAGUGAAUACAGUACUUGCAGUAGAUAUGAAUAUAUGGAUUUUUUAUAGCUAUAUAUUUAAUCUUGCUUUUUCUUUCCUGAACUGUUUUUUAAUGGUUUCUGAUAGUGGUUGUUGUUAUUUUACAUGUGUGUGCUAAACAUAUGUUUAACAUAUUUUUUGUAGUUAAAUGAUCACAUUUGUAAGAAGAUACGAACUACAUAUGAAUCAUUUAGAAUCAAUUAACAAUGAUAGUGUGAAAUUUCGUAAUGCAUUAUGGAUUAUGGAUAAUUUAUUCUCAUCAUUAGAAAUGUUUUAGUUCUUGCUCAACGCAACUUACAAAAAAAUGGUGCAUAAACAGUAAGCUCCAAUUGUGUCAUGAAUGAAAGGUGGGCUUUUGUUGAACUUUUGACAAUUAUUAAGAAAUAAAAACAUUCAAAGAAGUU